CUCGCUUCCGGCCGAGACGGGAGAGAAAGUCGGCCUGGGGAUCAACUCCAUGUUGGCUAUGAUGGUGUUCCUCAUGGCCAUGACGGAGAAUCUGCCGCCCACGGAGACGCUGCCUUUGGCUGGUGUGUACUACGGCGUGUGUCUCAUCGUGUUGACCUGCAACAUUGCCUUCUCGGUGUAUGUGCUGAACUUGUCCUACUCAGGCGAUCGAGGUUACCAUAUUCCACAAUGGGUCAGAACGAUCGCGCUUAUGGCAACCAAAGUGGUGUUCAUGAAGGUACCCGAGUUCAUCAUCAGACAAUGGGGACUUGAUAGGGACUCGGUGACCACGUUCGACAUGAACAGUGAGUUCAAGGAGAUGCACGUCAACGUAGUCAAAGUGAACCCACGCUCGAAGAUGGAAGGCGCGGCCAUAUUGAAAGACGACUUCCAGCGGCGCUCCGUGGAGGCCCUGGAGUCGAUCCAGCAGCACAUGGAGGAGCAGACGCAGCACUAUGAUGAGACGCAGCGGCGGACCAACCUGAUGGAGGAGUGGAAGUUCCUGUCGCGCGUGCUCGACCGCGUCCUCUUUAUCCUGUUCGGGAUCACGACCUUCCUUUUCAACAUCAUCAUCUUGACGCAGUCGCCCUUCGGAGAGAAGUUUGAAUAUUGCCCGCUGGGGCCCGGCCUCUGCUCCGACGGCUACAGCUUCGGGACCAUCGCCGAUAUCGGCUCAGUCGCGGGCGCCAGCACGGGCGGCGGCGGCGGCCACUAGGGCGUCUCCCUUGCCAUUCCUCGUUACUAAUGCCUCUAUUAAUAUCAUAUUAUCUUUAAACUGGGCAUCAGUUCUUAUUGGUGUUCUGUUUUUUUGACAUUAUAAUAAAUAUGUCGGUUAAGUGUCAUUAGUGUAAUAAUGAUGAUGAUAAUGAUAAUGAUCGCAACCUCAGCAUAUACCAUGAGUGUUAUGAUAAUGAUCCUAAUGCUAAUAUUGAUAAAAGCAGUAAAUAUAUCGAUGGAUACAUAAUUAGAAUUAGAUAUUCUCUUACCGUUAUCAUCAUCAUCAUCAUCAUUUUAUUUUUCUUUACUUAGCUUCUUUAACCUUUAGCCUUCGUCUUCUACAUCCGACGGCGGCCCUAUUGCAACACAGUCCAGCGCACUUGCAUAUAUCGUCCUCCUUGCAUCAACUCAUCACCUCCUAUGCAAAAACAGAAGUGUAUUAAUAUGCUAAUUAUUAAAAACAAAUGGACGCAAAUAAUUUCACAAAGAAAGAUGUGUUAUUAAUUUUUGUUUUCGAUAUUGCAAUUAUUAUCAUAUUUCUAAUGAAGGUUGUGAUGUAGGAAAGCUAAAUGCAUAGCAGGGAUGUGGUAGGACUCACGUAGGAAAAAGGCGCUGUUAGUACAUCAGACUUAGUAGUAUGGUAGAGCUUAUGACUAGCAAGUAACCCGAGAGAUUAACCUAAGGGAGAGCGGAAGAGAAAACUGUAG